CUGAGUCAGGAAGUGGUGGCGGUUGCCUCUUGAGUUAAGUUUGCAGUUAUAGUUGCGCUCAUGGAGGUCAGAGCUGCGGGGCUCGGGAUGCUCCGUGUCGUGUGCCUGUUCGCGGCGUUUGACGCGGUGUGGCUGCUGGACAGCGGCAUGCUCUUCCCCCGGGAGUCUCCCUCCAGAGAGGUGAAGGAGCUGAACGGGCUGUGGGACUUCAGGGCCGACGACUCCACCAACAGGAACCAGAGCUUCGAGCGGGCAUGGUACAAGAAACGGCUGGCAGAGACUGGUCCAGUGAUCGACAUGCCAGUUCCUGCCAGCUACAAUGACAUCACGCAGGAUGCCGCACUAAGAGAUUUCAUAGGCUGGGUGUGGUAUGAGCGAGAGGUGGUGGUGCCUGCCCGCUGGAUCGCUGAUGAGGGAACAAGAGUGGUCCUCAGAGUGGGAAGUGCUCACUAUUUUUCAAUAGUGUGGGUGAAUGGGGUGAAAGUGACGCAGCAUGCAGGCGGCCAUCUGCCUUUUGAGGUUGAGAUUGGCAGUCUAAUCCGCGAGGACCCGACCACGCCGUGCAGGAUCACCAUCGCUGUCAACAACACACUGAGUCUGGAGACUCUUCCUCCAGGAAAAAUCCAGUACAUGGAGGACCGCACCAAGUAUCCUGAAGGUUUUUUUGUGCAAUACAUCUACUUUGAUUUCUUCAACUAUGCUGGCAUACAUCGUCCUGUGUUGCUCUACACUACUCCCAAGGCUUAUGUAGAUGACAUCACUGUGGUGACUGACUUCUUAGAUAACACAGGUCUAGUCAAGUACAAAGUGUCAGUCCAAGGUGCUGCCACAGGCACCAUCAAGGUCACUUUAAAAGACAAAGAUGGCCGCUCUGUGGCCUCCUCCAGCAAACCAUCCGGAGUGCUUAAAGUAGAAGAUGUUAACCUGUGGUGGCCAUAUUUAAUGCACGAGAAUCCAGGUUAUCUUUACUCUAUGGAGGUUCACCUAAUAGCAACCGAUGGGAGAUCAACAUAUGAGGAUAUGUAUACUCUUCCAGUUGGCAUCCGCUCAGUUGCUGUUACCAGCACCCAGUUUCUCAUCAACAACAAGCCUUUCUACUUCCAUGGAGUCAACAAACAUGAGGACUCUGAUAUUCGAGGCAAGGGCUUCGACUGGCCCUUGAUUGUCAAGGACUUUAACUUAUUGAAGUGGAUGGGGGCCAACUCAUUCCGCACCAGCCACUACCCCUAUGCUGAGGAGAUCCUGCAGAUGUGUGAUCGCCACGGCAUCGUGGUGAUAGACGAGUGCCCGGGGGUGGGCAUCAAAGACAUUCGCAGUUUUGGAAACGCCUCCCUGGCCCAUCACCUGGAUGUCAUGGAUGAGCUGGUGCGUCGGGACAAAAACCAUCCCUCUGUGGUCAUGUGGUCAGUGGCCAAUGAGCCGGCUUCAGAGAUGCCCCCUGCUGAAUUCUAUUUCGAGACCUUGAUUAAACACACCAAAGAUCUGGACCCGACCCGGCCCGUCACUUAUAUUACUGACAGUAACUACGCCAGGGACAAAGGGGCUCCCUUCGUGGAUGUAAUUUGUGUAAACAGCUACUUUUCCUGGUACCAUGAUUCAGGCCACCUGGAGCUCAUCCCCCUCCAGCUCAACAAUCAGUUUGAGAACUGGUAUGGAAAGUACAAGAAACCUAUCAUCCAGAGUGAAUACGGAGCCGACGCAGUGCCAGGGCUUCACAGUGAUCCACCGGUGAUGUUUACUGAGGAGUACCAGAAUAUUGUCCUGCAGAGCUACCACAGCGUGUUCGACCAGAAGAGGAAGCAGUACGUCAUCGGGGAACUCAUCUGGAACUUUGCCGACUUCAUGACCGUACAAGGGUUGACCCGUGUGGUUGGGAACAAGAAGGGUGUUUUCACCAGGCAAAGGCAGCCUAAAAGAGCAGCAUUCAUCCUGAAGGAGAGGUACUGGAGACUGGCAAAUGAAACGGGCAGACUCGGACUGUCUCCUUCUAAUCAUCAAUGCCAUGCUGUCAAGUACCCUUGGUAACACCCACCCACAGCUGGCACACCAAGACCAGGACAGGACAGGCCUGAUCUCAUGUAAACACAGCUUGAUGGAAAAUGCUGGCAAAAUUUGCUCAGUUUCUUUAAGUCAUUUAAUGAAGCACAUUUAGAACAUUUCCUAAAUCAAUGUGUAUGCACAAGGUCACGCCGCCAUGAAACAUGAUUCUCAGAAGGGCCAAAAAUAUCACAGAAAAAACGUUUAAUCUGAAUCUUGGUGGAUCACGGACCAAAAGAAGGGACCUGUUGUGUUACAUUUGAUUGUUUUGUUGAUAUGCAAAAUAGUACUAGAAACUCAGGUUCCAUAAAUCUACUGGCUUCCUGGGUAAAAUGUCACAGCCCACUGUGCUCAGAUUAUAAAGAAUAAUUGAUAAUUAGGAACCCUACAUCUUUGAAGAGCAUUUUACCUCACAAAAAAUGAAAACCCUCCCAAUAACUCUUUUAAAUCCAUUUUAUUAGUAGUUGGGCCAGAAACAUCAGGAGGCAGAAUUGAAUGUAAUGGCGGUCCAGCUUUUUGCAGCCUUGAGUGGCUCAUUAACGGUGCAAUUUCAAAUUUGAAAAUGAUAAUCACAAUGGUGAUACAUUUUCCCAUGUAACACUUAUAAGUUGGUUAUUACAUGGAAUUCUGAUAUGGAUGUGGAAGGUCGGACUUAAGUUGCUAUCAUUAAAAUGUAUGCAUAAACCAGUGUUUUCACAGAUUGAUGCAACAUGGGAUGGAAGCAUCUGUCUUUUCUGUGCACCAUACAAACAAUGUGACUGGGCUGAAUCACAAUGCUGCUUCUAAUCAUCAAAGUGUUUUAUUUUUAUAUGUGAAAAUAAAGAAAAAAUGAUUUUAGAAUCUGAAUGAGAAUGAAUAAAGGUGUUAAAGGCAAAACAUGCACUCAGUA